AUGAACGAUUUUCCAAGCUCGACGGGCCUCUACCAGGAACCCCGUGGUGUCGACGGUGAUUCGGUUCACAGUGACAUUGAUAGUGUCAUUGGUGGUAUUGGCAAUGGCAUUGUCACGCAUGCGCCCAAAGAGGGCUUUCGGCUGGGCUACUUCGAUGUCAGCUGCCUCGUCAUCAACCGCAUGAUUGGCUCCUCGAAGAUAAAGAAGGUAUGA